CAUUCAUACUAACCCGCCACUUCAUCACAAACCACCAUCGAGUACGCGCGACUAAUAAAUAUUGCGUGCGCUAUUUAUACAAAGUUCGCCUGAAGUUUUUUGUGUGUUUUUAUACAAGGCAAGAUGAGCGGAAACUUCCUUACAAUCCCCGGUGAUGAUCCUAUUCAGAGGAGAUCUAGGAGUUCGUCUUUAACAGACUUAAUAUCGUCUUUCGACACAAAGGCGCAGGCGCACAGCGAACUGCAGAAAGUUACAGCGUUCAGUGGUCAUUUCGACAAGAAUCACAAACCGACCUUCUCAAAAGACGAAUAUGGCAAACCUAUCCCCGGUUCGAAGACAGAAUACCGAGGGGCGGAGGCACAAGCAAGAGUUUGUUCAGAGAUGAAGGAACUGUGCGAGAUAAUCAAUGAGUACGGCAAAACUCCUUGCAAAAGCCUCUUGCCUCCAGAGCUGCAGUGUGCUACCAAAGUCAUAUCAUUCGGAGAACUUUUUACGAUAUACACAGUAAUUUCUGACAAACUUGUUGGAAUAUUGCUGAGGACGAGAAAGCAUCAACUUACGUUCUUUGAAGGCGAAGUUUUAUUCCAGAAACGCGACGAUGACGUUCCAGUGUUCCUGAUGCAGCCCAUAGAUGAUAUAAGAACUUAUUGUGACAAUAAAGCGCUUCAAGCUAGACGAUCUGUAUCACCUAUGCCUAACUAGAAAGCGAAACUCGGCUAGAAUGAAAUAAUUUCCAUCUCGACUCUUUGUAAAAGACUAGUGCUUCUAAAUUAAUUAAAUCCUAUGCAAUUUAUAAUUAAUUUUAGAAUAAUCAGAAAAGAAGGGACCCUGUGUGGCAGUGUGUUUGCUUUCAUGAACAGAUUAGAUGUAUUGUAAGGAAUAAAUUGAUGGAAGUGUAACCGUUGGUUUAUGAGACUAAAAUCUCUUUAUGAAACUUAUCAUCAUCUUAGUCUUUGAAAAAACAGAAAUAACAAUGUUUUACAUAAGGAUAUUGGUCUCAGAAACCCACGGUAGGUUAUAUAAAUAAUAUUUUCACUAUAAACAAUUUGACCUUUUGCUACUCUGAUACACCAUUUUUUAUAGAUAAUUUUCACACUAAUUAUAUAAACUAACUUUUUUAUUCAAUAUCACUUCUUCUUU